AUGAAUCGAAUUCAAGAAUCAAACGCUCUUCGCUUCCUGCUCAAUGAGGCAAAGAACGAGAUCACCGAGCCGGCCAAUUUCCCACCCAGCAAGGAACUGACCAAGUCCAUCUACCGAGUCGUGGGCAAGUUCUUCACCACCGAGGCCGAAUACGUCCAGCAUGGCAGCAGCAUCCGCGACAUCGUCAGCAUGGUCCGCCGCAGCACCCCCGGCGGCUGGAACAUGCACCCCGAGUACGUCGCCCUGACCAAGCUCACCCACGACAUGCGGCAGUGGUGGCAGGUCGACGACAAGAAGAAGGGUGGUCGGGUGGUGCGCACGGCAUCGCUGGCAGAGACGGACCCGGCCAAGGUCGCGGCCUUUCCCCUCCCCAAGUCCUCGGAGCUGGUGCAGAUGCGCAAGUCCGCCAUCGCGUGCCUCAUCAUCACGGACUACUGCGACAGGCCCGAGGUCGACGACGUCUCCUCGCUUCGCAACUGCUGGCUCAGUGGUUUCGCCAAGCCUCGUCCCGACAGGGAGGACUUUGACAAGUACCCCGACUCCUUGGCCGUGUGGUUUCUGAAGGCGUGUCGGUUUGAGGAGGGUGAGCGUCCCUCCCUGACUAUGGGUGAGGCUGCUGCACAGACAGCACCUGCCCUUGCACCCAACCAGGCAGCCGCCGGCGCACCCGCCGUAUCUGACGCGGAUCUGCUCAAACAGCUUUUCCCCGCCCAGAUCUCCAGUGGCGAGGACGACGGUGACUCGGAGGACGGCGACUCGGGCAAUGACGCCGCCAUGGGCCUCGACCACCCGCGCCCUCUUGGCGUCGGCCAGAGGGCCGCAGCCAAGCACGCCAGCAAGCGUAUCCGCAUCCAGUACAGCGACUUGCCGCAGGCUGAAGCCAACAGGAAGAGAAAAGCGAGACAGACCUCGCUGCCUGCCCCUGCCCCUGGCCCUGCCUCUGCCCCCGCCGUCCAGCCCCAGCCGGCCGUUGUGGGAGCCGUCACCGUGGACCAGGUUGAGCGCAGGCUGGACGACCAGGAUUCCAAGAUGGAGGCUCAGAACACCAAGCUACUGGCUCAGAUCAGCAACCAGAACUCCAAGCUCAAAGACCAGGACCUGAAGCUCAAGACCCAGGACCAGCGGAUCCGCUCUCUGGAGCUCACCCUCAAGGACUUUGAGAACAGAACCCGCGGCGUCGAGCUGGCUCUGCGGGAGACCAAGAUGGACAUCAAGGAGGAGGCCGGCAAGAUCCUGACCGAGGAGGUCAAACGGAUGAGGACCGAGAUGAUGAAUCAGAUGCGGCAAGAUGUCUUGGCCGAGAUGCGAGCCGAGAUCAGGGCGCUCGCUUCGGCCGUGCGUGGCGACAACGUCCCGGAUGCAGAGUAG